AUGGAAGACUGCACAGGAAAUGAAGUCAUCAAGUCGGGAAAGAUAGUUGUUCACGGAAUCAUCGGGGGCAUUCCGAUUCCCUUCUCCCUCCCAGAUAACGACCUCUGCCAUUUCGUCAAACCUGGCUGCACAAUCCAGCCAAAUGCCAUCGAGCAAAUGGACUACGAGCUCUUUGUUAAAGAAUCCUAUCCAUCGAUUCACGUGACCAUCAAGUGGGAAUUGGUAGAUGAAACUGGUGGCGAUGUUAUAUGUAUCAAAUUCCCAGCACAAUUAUCAAGCACACCACCCCCUCCUCAACGCCCUACCACCCUCUUCGGCCAUAUUCGGCAACUCUUUAAAAAAUGGUUCCAUUUCGGGGCCUAA